UGGCAGAUGAUAAAGAUUUGAAAGCCCGCGUAAAUCAGUUGACAAUUUUGAUCGUGUCUUCUCCAUGUAUUCGCUUUUAAAAUUAGGAAAUUUUCUGCCGUUAGAAUAAUCAUUUGCAGGUCAAGGUGGAGAAAUGGGGGAUAAAUGUCAGUGGUGUUCUCUUGCGUGCGCAAUUUGCCGCAUAGGGUGCUUUCGAGUAUGUAAGCUAAAGUUAUUUAACAUAUAUAUUUUGAUAUUGUAAUGAUCAAUAAGACUUUUAAUCAUGAACUUAUCGUGAUUUUAUGAGCAAUUUUGGAACUUGUAUUGUGAAAGAUAACUCAAUCAAAGUUUAAAUCAAAUCUUAUAACAAAUGAGAAAGGAAAUUGAAAAAGGUUGGAAUGAGAUCGAGAGUAGCAAACUUUUUUAGCCUGUCCACAGCACUAAAUUAACUCACUUUCGCCAAGUUCUUUCCUUUUGUAUAUAUUCCUCUUACUUAUCGUGUCCGUGGUCCGUUCUACUAUAAGUUACGGAACCUCGUUUUUUCCGCUCGGAUUUAUGCCCCGCGCUCUUCGCGCUUGGCUCAUAAGUCCGAGCGAAAAAAACAGUGUGAAACGAGAUGAGAUGUUUAUUAUUUCUCCGGGUUCAAAUAGAGGGGAAGAAUUAAAUUCAACAAACUUUUGAAUUUAGCUGGUUGCGAAGUAACAUACAGCCCGCUAAAUUGACCAAUCAUGUCACAUCUACUAACUGAGAGAUAAACAGAGAGAAUUUGUGUCAUCCAUAAGACGGAAAUCGAAAAUAAUCACUUUUAAUCAAAUAUAUUAUGUUACCUGAUUUUCUCAAGGUUUGAUUUCAAACAUGGUUUUUGUGUUUUUGCUCAUUUCCAUUUUAAGAAGAAACAAUUCACAUGGCCAACAUCGGUUUCUUUUAUCACAGAGAUAUAUACCAAGGAGUAAUUGCAUGUAUGACCAGGAGACUGGUUGUAUGGUCUUUCUUUUCAUUUCAUUACUCUUCUGUCCAGAGGAUGGGAUGCCUAUUACAGUUUCAGUGAAUGCUUAUUUUCAGAGAGAGAUUUUAUUGGCAUAUAAACAACCCUUUACCUGAAGACUACCUCCUCCCACUUCUCUCCAACCCCCAACCCCCCCCCCUUUAUUAAGAAUGUAUUUAACCAGCCCCUUGGGAUGUAAUUUGUUGCAUGUACCAGGAAGUUGAGUCAGUUGUCUUUCAAGCAUCACCUUAGAAAAGAGAUAUUAUAUCAAUUCAUCCUAAAAACUCUUUCCAAUACCUGAAAUAUUCAAUUGUAUUUUUACUGUACAGUGUUAUCAAACAGUGUGCUGCAAGGAACCUUCAACACCCAGGCCAUCAUACUCUGUGAUUGCAAUUGGACUCAGCCAAGCUGGCAAGUCAAUGCUGUUUGCAAAGCUGAGUGGGGACGCUUCUGAAAAACUUGAGCCCACUGUUGGUAAGCUCUUUUUGCAAGUGUCUAUAUUUGAAUAUACUUUUCAGAUUUAUCACUUUGAGUUGACAUUUGUUAAAUGUCAGAAAAAGUUUAUUUAUUGUGAUGUUUGUGAACAUGUGUUGAUCGUUUUACUCCCAGAAUCAUGGAAAAGAAUCUCCCAACUUGUUAUUUAACAUUGCUUCAUGGGCUAGUAGGAAGAAUUUGGUUUUAUAUCAAGACAAUAUCCCUUAUUUCUGAGUGUAAGAUAUUCAGUAACUACCCAUGUUAACUGUUUGAUUUAAUUCAGGAAAUUAUCUUUUACAAAAUGAUUGGCAUACACUCAGUGGUACUCUAAAUCUGUAAUGUAUUUCUGAAAUGGCUAUGAUAGGUUUCUCUGUGAAAGCUGUCCAACUACCCAGUGCUAUUCUGAAUGUUAAAGAACUUGGAGGUAAGUGUAUAACUUCAAAGUUACUUUUAGUAACAAUAGUGAUAACCCUUAAAAGAUCACAACUUUAAAAGGUAUCAAAAGAGACUGGGGUUAUAGGGAGUGAGUUUUCCAGCAUAGACUUACAUAUAAAGUGAGAUCAGGGCAGUUGUUACAUAAAUUUAGAAUAUUUCAAAUGACCUAAGGAUUUGACUUACACUCCAAAAGACCAUGUAGCAGUGGGCCUCCUUAAGUUAUUGAAUGUCAGGUAAUUGUCAUUUUACUAAUGGUGCUGAUGGUAGGAUUUUUUCAAAUGAAUAAAAUUAUUAAUUCAUAAACUUAUCUAACUUUGCAUAAUAGGUGGAGAUAAUGUCAGAAAAUACUGGCCACACUAUUUUGGAGGAGCUCAGGGGAUAGUAAGAAAAACAUUUAAGUGAAGUUUAAAGUUAAGCCAAUGAGGAAUUUUUCUGUGUUUAUACAGUCUCAUCUGAAUGCAAGGAAACUUUGAGAAAGUUUUGCAAACUUUCAAAAAUUUUCAAAUUCUCAAAAAAAUGAGAAUGUAUAGUAAUUUAAAUGUCUUAGUGCUUAUUUAACUAACAUUGUUUUAGAGCAAUUGUCACAAUUGUUAAUUUUGGUGAAAAUGCACACAACAAAAAUUGCACAGCUGCUGUUGACCAAACCUUGUUGUUUCUGUGUAAUGAUUUUAACUAUGUCUGUAAUUUGUAUUUGAAAUAUGACAAUAAUUAAUUUUUAAAAAUUUCUUAAAAAAUUUCUGGCAUAAGUGCUGGGCAGGAAGCGAGCCUUUACUCUUUCCUGUUCCUGGGAGGAUCAAAGUAAGACCACACCCGAGAAAAUGGUAGAAAACAAACCUGCUGAUACCAAUAUAACUACAUAAUGUUUAAAAGAAUGAUAUAACCCUUCAUGUGGAAAGGCUUUUUAUAUCAAGUAAUGAAAGAUGUUUAUUUGGAUAAUAAAUCCUGCCAUAUUUAAAAUACAAAUCAAUAACCAAUAAUUUGUAGGUGUUUGUGGUGGACAGCUGUUGCAAUGAUGAUGAUGUGGAUUUAGCUGCAGCUGAGUUACAAGAAGUCCUGUCCCACUCCUCCCUGGAAUCCCUUCCUCUGCUGGUCUUAGCUAACAAACAAGAUGUUAAUGGAGCCCGCAGUGCAGAUGAGGUAAGUGGUGCACCUCUUAACAUUACUGCAGGAUUAGAGAUGUUUUUUUUUUUGUUUUAAUGAUAAACAAUGUUUAUCACAGUAAUCCUCUACAUUUUUUACAAGUAGAGUCUUUUCCAGGUUAUUUUGGAUAAUUUCAUCAUUAGGAAAAAUAGAUGUCUUCUGAUGCAAAUAUUUGUUGACUGGUAAAAGGCCAGUUGUCCAUCAACCUAUGAAUAGAGGGGGUAAGUUUGCUUAGGGUUAGGGCUAGGGUUAAGAAACUGUAGUGCUCCUUUGUCAGAGCUCUAAGGAAGGGCUAAUGCUCGAAAUGGCAGCUAUGAAACUCUUUAUGGUAGCCAAUUUACAUUAUCAGCUCAGCUGAUAAUACUAAAUCACCCCAUCUAACUUUGACCCUCUGUCAAAGACAAUAACUGUUGCAUAAAGACUGACAAUCCAAUCAAAAUUUGGGGCCUUUUUUUUCUCAACUUAACUUGUGAUAUGUGAAUACGGCGUCCAAAGCGUAUGCGGAUGGUUGAUUUUUUAUCUGCGUCUUCAACUUUUUUAAUCCACAGCUGUCGAGGAUGAUGGGGUUGGAUGCGAUUGCUCGAAAGAGAAAUUGGCACAUACAAGCGUGCUCUAAAGACGACACGGAAAGUGCCAAACAAGGACUUAGUAAACUAGUGUCAUUUAUCAAUCCUGACACGGAAACAUCGGAACAAAAUAGAUUAUGAGCUCAGGAGAAUGUUCCGACUAACGAAUGACAUAUUACAAAACAGAAAACUACUAACAUGUGUGUGAUUUCAACUUUAAUUUAAUCGAUUUCUGGGUUUCGGUGUCCUGGAGUUAUUUGUAAAGGUACUUGCGCCAUAAGUAUUAAUAUUAUUCUUAGUCCUAGAAGUAUAAUUAUCAUUAAUAGUGGUAGUAUUUUAAGUAGUAGUAUUGUUAUUAGUGGUGGCAGUAUUAUCCUCAUCAUUAUAUUUAUUACCGCAUUUAAACCAAGGAACAAUAUGUAACUCUCAUCGAUAUAUCGAAACCUCCCGUUAGCAACUUGAUGUUGUUUCAGAUGUUAAAAUUGGUGCAAAAAUUUUUUUCUGGGAAAAGAAGGGUUGUUUUCAGUCUAAAGUUGAUCUAAUCUCUUCUUGGUCGCGAUAUUACGCGAGGAUUCUGAGAUGUUUCUUUUGAUGUGUCGGUACCCAUCCAUACUCGCAAAUUGUGUGUAAAGUUCAUCCCUUCAGAUCGAUUUCCAGCUACUACAACAGUUUUUUGCUUCUGACUUAUAAAUCCGACUUUUUAUUAAUUUAUUCUACUUCUUCGUUCGCGCAUUAGCGGUUAAAAAUAAUCAGGGUUUUGUUUGGCAAUGGCCCUCUCGUAAUAUCCUUAAACGGUUUGAGACACCUCCAGUUAUCCUCAGAAGUUGUUGAAGCAUACUCGUUAAUUUUCGGAAGUCGUUUGAACAUCUUCCUUAGUUUGCGGUUGUUGUCCGAUCAUAGUCCCGACAGGGUUAAGGGAAAUCUCAGAUUCAUAAGAAAUAAGCUGGCUGUUGUGAAUAUGUUGGAAGCCAGAAACUUGUGAAAUUUGUUUGGAAUAAAUAGAAUACUAAUCGAGUUCAUAUAUUCCUGUACAAAUGUAUAAAAGAAAAAGGAAAUUAGGAGAAAACUGAAGCUCCAAUCUUUU